GUUCGCAGCGCUCUACAUGCUACUAUAUGGCUAGAUCCUGAAUCCGAUGAGCAUGAGGACCAAGCAAUAAAUUCAACAUUUUACAACCAAAUUUUGUCCUGGGCCGCGCUUAUUUAUGCAAAGAUAUUGUUUCUCGUCUUAAGAAACCAAAACUGAAGAAAAAAUAUUACAAAUACGUGAUGAGCGGUGAAAAUUUGUUUUUUCUGUUUUCCUGUUUUGGGGAACACACCUGGUUUGAUGACAUAAACCUCAAAGGGCGCUAAAUCUACGCCACGAACAUUGUUAAGGUUUGGAUCGUUUCUAAAACAUUUUUCUCAGAGAUUACGGUGUAGAAGGUACAGUCCCAUGUGUUUAAGUGGGCAGCCUCUGUGCACAGGCAGAGGUCAUGUGCAAUCAAAUUCCUCCUCUAGUGAGGGCAGCAGCUCAAGCUCUCAAUAUGCAUUCUGUGCCCUGGGUGUGGGCCUGGUGGCGCUUGGAGUUGUCAUGAUUCUGUGGACUGUUGUGCCACUGGAGGUGCGUUGGAAUAAUACGGGUGUGCAACACGGUGUUGCCAAUAAUGAAACCAAGCAGAAAACCUCAUCUGUGGCUUUUGUGCUGGUUGGGGCUGGUCUGGCCUUGCUGCUGUUGGCUGUGUGUCUAGGAGUGAGAAACAAGCAUAGGAGGAACAGGGGGACAACUAUAGCCACUGGUACUCAGUACACAGACCGGGUGCCAGGAGAAGCAGGAGAGACCUUGGCACAAGCCACAAACUAUGAUGUGCCUAGCUAUGAUGAAGCUGUGACUAGUGGCCGUUAUCCUAUCCGCCAGAGCAACCUGCGCCAGAGUACCUCACAGCUCCCUUCUUAUGAGGACCUGGUUGCUGCAGUAGAGAAUGAAGAAGAAGGACUAGGUGCUGCAGGCAGUCAAAAUGCUUCUACUCCUGGUCAUGUUGGCCCCUCUGCAACUGUAACAAAUACUCAGCCAGCCCGCAGCAGCAGCCGAGCUAGCUACAUUCUCAGACCCCUUCGUGUACGCAGGAUUAAAUCAGAGAAGCUUCAUGCCAAAGAUAUUCGGCUGAACAUCCAGAGCCCUCCACAGGAAGGACGAGUAACCAUUGAGCCCCUGACACCUCCACCACAGUAUGAAGACAAAGUGCCAGAGUUGCCCAACGAACAAAUGUGAUUGAGUGAGCUGUGUACGAACAUGGUCAAGGUGGAUAUCUCUCUAUAUAUGUGCCGUUGUUGCACUUGGUGAUUUGUGUUUUUGAUCCACUGGUGUAGGUUUGCUUCAAAUCAUUUUUAUUAAGAAUUGUUGUAAUCUGGAAAUGGUAUGAAAUUAAAAACUACUUUUGAAUUCACAAACAUCUUCUAGAAAAACACUAAUAAGUAUUACCUUUUUAUCUAAGGAUGUUGUUUAUUUGAAUAAAAAUGUAAUACAUAUUGGCA